AUGUCUUCUAUUCCCUUAAGAAAUAUUCGGCCUAUUUUAUCAUAUUAUCAACAUAUCCGUUUUUUUCAACAACCACAACGAUAUACAGUGACUGUCACUGAUGAAUAUCGUCCAUCAACAAAAUCUCGUUCAUCAAUUAAAGGUGUUGAAUUACUUCGAAAUCCAGCCUUGAAUAAAGGUAUGGCAUUUACGCUUGAAGAAAGACAACAUAUGGGUAUACAUGGUCUCUUGCCGCCUGCUGUUGUUUCUCAAGAUAUUCAAGCACUUCGUGUUAUGAUUAAUUUUCAUCGAAUGAAUAAUGAUCUGGAUAGAUAUUCUGAAUUAAUGAAUCUGUCGGAUAGAAAUGAAAAAUUAUUUUAUCGAGUAAUUGCCGAUAAUCUCGAAGAACUUAUACCAAUUGUUUAUACACCAACAGUUGGUCUUGCAUGUCAAAAAUAUGGUUUAGUAUUUAAACGACCAAGAGGUUUAUUUAUUACAAUACAUGAUAAAGGUCAUAUCUACGAUAUAUUAACCAAUUGGACUGAACAACAUGUGAAAGCCAUUGUAGUAACUGAUGGUGAACGUAUUUUAGGUUUAGGUGAUUUAGGCGCUUUUGGUAUGGGUAUACCAGUUGGAAAACUACAAUUAUAUACUGCUAUUGCUGGUAUUCCACCACAAGAUUGUUUACCAAUUAUGCUUGAUGUUGGAACAAAUAAUGAAGAAAUAUCAUCCAAUCCACUUUAUAUUGGAUUAAGACAAAAGAGAGUUACUGGUAAAGAAUAUGAUGAAUUUAUUGAUGAAUUUAUGGAAGCUGUUGUACAACGUUUUGGAUGGAAUUGUCUUAUACAAUUUGAAGAUUUUGCUAGUCAAAAUGCAUAUCGAUUACUUGAACGUUAUCAAAAAGAAUAUUGUACAUUCAAUGAUGACAUCCAAGGAACAGCUGCAGUUGUACUCGCUGGUCUAUUUGGAGCACUUCGUAUCACGGGUAAAAAAUUAAUUGACAAUACAUUUCUUUUUGUCGGGGCUGGUCAAGCUGCAUGUGGUAUUGCAGAUUUAGUAACACAUGCAAUGAUACGUGAAGGUGCUUCACCGGAAGAAGCAAGAAGUAAAGUGUGGAUGUAUGAUGUUCACGGUCUUAUAGUUGAUGGUCGUCCACAAGGAGAUUUAGAAGGACCUAAAGCUCCUUAUGUCAAGAAGGGUAAACCAAUAAAAGAUCUUACCGCAGUAGUAGAUUAUGUUAAACCAACUGUCCUUCUCGGUGCAAGUGGAGUCGCACGUUUAUUUCAUGAAGCUGUUUUGAAAAAGAUGGCUAUAAUUAAUGAACGUCCUGUCAUCUUUGCUUUAUCAAAUCCUACAAGUCGUGCUGAAUGUACUGCUGAAGAAGCUUAUCGUGAAACUGAUGGAAGAUGUAUCUUUGCAUCUGGUAGUCCAUUUAAACCUGUUGUGUAUAAAGAUAAGACAUUUCAUCCAGGACAAGGAAAUAAUGCAUAUAUAUUUCCAGCUGUUGCUUUGGCUACUGUUGCUUGUGCAGCUCGACAUGUUGAAGAAGAUAUGUUUUUAAUAGCAGCACAGAAACUUGGUGAAUUAGUCAGUCAAGAAGAUUUAGAUGAAGGUCGUGUUUAUCCACCUGUGCCAGCAAUACAUGAAGUAACAGUUAAAAUAGCUACACAUUUAGCUGAACAUCUUUAUCAAACUAAAAAAGCUUGGAAUUAUCCUGAACCUCAAAAUAAAGAAGAAUUUAUUCGUAUGCAGUUAUAUGAUACAUCUUAUGAAUAUUUUGGUCCUAAAACAUGGAACUGGCCUGAACAACAUAGUUCAUCACGAACUGUUCAGUCGAUGGAUGAAAAUAUAAUUCUUGAUUCAUAA